AGUUUGUUGUUGUUAACCUCAAAAUUUGAAGACUGUUUUGUUAUUUUUGUGUAAAUUCAAAAUAUAAUGGAAAAACCAUUAAAUUGCGUGUUGUGCGGUGGCAAUUUAGCAAAUCUUAAUUUUUAUAAUUUAAUGCAAGACUUCACGAAAUCUAGGACUUUAUUGAUAAAAUUGAUCAGUAAUUGUACAAAAUAUUUGGAUGAUUCCACAUAUCUAAUUUGUGAGCAAUGUUAUGGUUUGUUAAACGAUUUGGAUGAGUUGUAUCGUAAAGCGAAGUUUAUAGAAAAUAAUUUUGUAAGUUAUGUGGCAAAUAAAUCAAGAGAAAAGGUUGAAUGCAAAACCAAAACUGAAAAAUUGGACAUAUUUAAUGCUGAUGAGAAUUUGGAACCUAAAUAUUACAAGGAAAAUAAAGAAACCCCUGAAGAAAAACCACCUACAUUCAAUUUUAUUUGCCACAGCUUAAAAAAAUUCAAUACACAAAAAUCAUAUGAAGCUCAGAAUAAAUUGCCUUACAUAUGUGAAAUAUGUGGUCGCAUUUUCAGACAAAACCACCAACUUAAAAUGCAUUUAAGAUUUCAUAAUGGUGAGAAACCUUUUGAAUGUGAAUUCUGCAAAAAAUCAUUCACACAAAAGUGUGCUUUAACCCGUCACUUGCCAUUGCACACAGGAAAAAAACCACACCAAUGCGAUGUGUGUGGGAAAUGCUUUAUACACCACACGUCGUUUAAUUUACAUAAACUUAGCCAUAAGGGCGAAAAACCGUACAAAUGUGAGUUUUGUGGACUUGCGUUGAUGUCUGGUUCACAUUUGACAAGACACAGAAAAACUCACACAGGGGAAAAGAAACAUGCAUGUGCAGUUUGUGGAAAGUCAUUUGCUGAGAAGUACAAUUUGUCUGCACAUGAAAAGCAACACACUGUUGAGGGUGGAAGCAACAGAAAAUUUAAAUGCCAAAUUUGUGAUAAGUUUUUCCAAAGGAAAGUAAAAUUUCAAGAACACCGCAUGAAUGCACAUCAAGCUAGCAAUGUAACGGUUUUAGAUGAUUUAAAUGUUAAAAAGGAAACUUAAAUGUGUGUUAUGUUUUUUAUCUUGUACUUAAUAUUUUAGCCUAGGCUUUAUAAGUAGGUUGUCUUGUUAUUGACAUACCCAGUAGACGCCUUCUUUAGUUAAGUUUUAGUUUAAAUGUUGAACUAUUUAUAAAUAAAUUAAUACGUUUUUAUUACUUUAAUACUUUAUUAUCACAUACUUAUGUACAGGGUGUCUCAAAAUUAUGAGCAGUAUACAUAACAUAAAAAUGAGAUUUUCCUUAUAUACAGGGCAGCCCAGAUGGUAAGAGAAUCUUACUAAGGAUAAAUUGCUCUUAAAAUUCCAAUUGGAAAUUUCAUUUACAAUUUUUUUUUAAAUUCGCAAAUUUGCAAGAGGUACUUAAUGCUGGAUUUAUGCAGCACACAUUAAAAUUAAGUUAACAUUAAGCUAAUUUAAGGUGGGUAUUUUAUGCAGCAAAAUUAAUGGCAAAGUAAUUUAGACAUCUGACAUUUUUGGUUAGUGUGAAUUUUGUUUUAGCAUCUGUUAGUCAAAAUAAAUGAAAACUAUAAACUGCUCAUCAAACAAUAAUCCAAAGAACACAAUCAUUGAACAAAAAAUAAAUCAUUCAGCAGUAAUGGAUUAGGUUCAUUUAACUUCUUAAUGUUAAUGUUAACUUAAUUAACAAAUUUGGUUCUUCAUAAAUCCAGCAUGCUUUUAGUAUUAUCGAUUUGUAAUCUUGGUUGCCUAUCUACAUUCCAACAAGCUUGAUAAAGAGAAAUACUGUGAUCUUGCAAUUUUGCGAAUUCUACAAAAUGCUGAGGGAAUUUCAAGAGGUAUUCAUCUUAAACUUUUGGGCCGCUUAUUUUGGGGUCACUCUGUACCUAAUGAUCAAGGAAAGAGUUUAUCCAAACAGGCCUCAUCCAUUCGGAAGAGCUGCCAUUUUUCCGAAUGCGUCAUGUUGACAGCCCCCAAAGUUUUGUAAAAAUCCGACGCAGGAUUCCAGGAUAAACAGUGGAAGUCCAUUCGCUUACUUGGAGAUUCAUGUGCAAUUUUGGCGACCGCCAAAAAUAACUGUUUCCCGAUGCCAGAGCACCUGUACGCGGGCUGAACGUACAAGUCCUCCAAAAAAAUCGACUUUCCCAGCCACGUCGAGUACGACGAGUAAAAUAACGCGUAACCGAUGAUGUAGCCGUCGGAUAAUUCGGCCACUAGGCACGUAAACGCCGGGCUUUCGUUAUCGAAACCGUCUUUUUCCAAAACUGAAGCGUUUAUUUUCACUUGGUCUUCCAGUUUCUCGAAUUCCGCCAAUGCCUGAAAGCAAGGU